CGAUGAGAUGAACAAACCCCAUCUGCAAGACUGCAACUCUAACAGCAUUCCUUCGAAUUCCCGCAAAUUUUUUAAACCUUCACACCAUGAAAAUCACCUUUCUUUUGCUUCAAAAUCUCAAUUCUAGAAAGACACCAACAUCCCACCCUCCAUACCAGCAACCCUUCCCUUUCACUAAUCCUGAAAUGGCGCACCAACCUCACACAUCAUACCCUAUUCCGCUCAUCCGAAUUCCAUAUAAAGAAAAGGAAGAACAAAUGAAGGAAGCAAGUCGAGUCAAUUUCGCAGCGUUUGCGAGAUAAAACCCAAUCCAAUUGGGGUUUAGAGGGAAGCGAAAUCAUGCACCCGGAGAUGCCGAUUUGCAACACCUGUGGCGAACAAGUUGGGUUUGUUUCUAAUGGGACUGGAGUGUUUGUCGGCUGCCAUGAGUGUAAUUUCCCGAUCUGUAAAGCUUGUUUGGAUUAUGAGAUCAAGGAAGGGCAUAAUGCUUGCAUACAAUGUGGUACCCCUUAUGAUGGAAGCUUAACAAAUGUUGCAGAAAAGGAGCCUGUCACCCACACUACCAUGGCUGGUCACCUUAAUCACAGUCAGGAUGCUGGACUUCAUGCAAGAAACAUAAGCACUGUAUCAACAGUGGAUAGUGAAAUGAUUGAUGAAGAUGGGAACCCAAUCUGGAAGAACAGGGUCGAAAGUUGGAAGGAUAAAAAGAACAAGAAAAAAAAGAGUGUCGCUAAAGUUGCUAAAGAAGUUCAAAUUCCUGUAGACCAACAAAUGGGUGAAAAGCAGGGGUCAACAGAGGCGAAUGCAAUGCAACCACUUUCACAAAUAGUUCCAAUUCCAAAGAGCCAAAUCACACCUUAUAGAUUCUUAUGGUUUAUGGCUAACUUCUGUUAUUUAAUUACUUUCACCGAUGAACUAUCCACAAGGUAUGAAAGAGAAGGUGAACCUUCACAACUUGCGGCUGUUGACUUCUUUGUGAGCACAGUUGACCCUUUGAAAGAGCCUCCUCUAAUCACAGCCAAUACUGUACUUUCAAUCCUAGCCAUUGAUUACCCCGUUGAUAAAGUCUCAUGUUAUGUCUCGGAUGAUGGUGCUGCAAUGCUUUCGUUUGAAUCCCUUGUUGAAACCGCGGAGUUUGCAAGGAAGUGGGUCCCGUUUUGUAAACGGUUUUCAAUUGAACCACGUGCACCCGAAUUUUACUUCUCACAAAAGAUCGAUUACUUGAAAGAUAAAGUCCAACCUUCGUUUGUGAAGGAACGUAGAGCAAUGAAACGGGAUUAUGAGGAGUAUAAAGUGAGGGUAAAUGCUUUAGUGGCUAAAGCUCAGAAAACUCCGGAAGAAGGAUGGACCAUGCAAGAUGGAACCCCGUGGCCGGGAAAUAACACACGUGACCACCCGGGCAUGAUUCAGGUUUUCCUAGGACACAGUGGGGCCCGCGACAUUGAAGGAAAUGAGCUUCCUCGGCUAGUUUAUGUAUCUAGAGAGAAGAGGCCCGGAUAUCAACACCACAAAAAGGCCGGUGCUGAAAAUGCUCUGGUUAGGGUUUCUGCGGUUCUCACGAAUGCACCCUAUAUUCUUAAUUUGGAUUGUGAUCAUUAUGUAAACAAUAGCAAGGCAGUUCGAGAGGCGAUGUGUUUCUUGAUGGACCCACUAGUUGGUCGUGAUGUUUGCUAUAUACAAUUCCCUCAAAGAUUUGAUGGUAUUGACCGAAGUGAUAGAUACGCCAAUCGAAACACGGUUUUCUUUGAUGUUAAUAUGAAAGGAUUAGAUGGCAUUCAAGGGCCGGUUUAUGUGGGAACGGGUUGUGUGUUCUAUAGGCAAGCUUUAUAUGGUUAUGGACCUCAAUCUCUACCCGCAUUAUCAAAGCCUUCUUCUUCAUCUUCGUGUUGUUGUUGUGGACCCAAGAAGCCUAAGAAAGAUCUAGAAGAGUUUCAACGUGAUUCUAGAAGAGACGAUUUAAAUGCCGCCAUUUUUAACCUUAAAGAGAUUGAAAGUUAUGAUGAUUAUGAGAGGUCAUUACUCAUCUCUCAAAUGAGCUUUGAGAAAACUUUUGGCAUGUCAUCUGUGUUUAUAGAAUCAACUUUAAUGGAAAAUGGAGGAUUAGCCGAAUCUGCAAACCCAGCCACCAUGAUCAACGAAGCAAUUCAUGUCAUUAGUUGUGGGUAUGAAGAGAAAACCGCAUGGGGCAAAGAGAUUGGAUGGAUAUAUGGAUCAGUUACAGAAGAUAUCUUGACAGGAUUCAAAAUGCAUUGUAGAGGAUGGAGAUCGAUAUAUUGCAUGCCAGUAAGACCUGCAUUCAAAGGAUCAGCUCCGAUCAAUUUGUCCGAUCGUUUGCACCAGGUUUUGCGAUGGGCUCUUGGAUCCGUCGAGAUCUUCUUAAGCAGACAUUGUCCGUUGUGGUACGGAUGGGGCGGCGGACGCCUGAAAUUGCUUCAAAGACUCGCGUAUAUAAACACCAUCGUCUACCCCUUCACCUCUCUCCCUCUCGUUGCAUACUGCACGUUGCCGGCGAUCUGUCUUCUCACCGGAAAAUUCAUCAUACCAACGCUUUCGAAUCUGGCAGCAGUUUGGUUUCUGGGCCUCUUCUUAUCGAUCAUUACAACCAGUGUGUUGGAAAUUCGAUGGAGCGGCGUUAGUAUCGAAGAGCUCUGGCGUAACGAGCAGUUUUGGGUGAUCGGUGGUGUCUCCGCCCAUCUGUUUGCCGUUUUCCAAGGAUUCCUGAAAAUGUUGGCGGGAGUCGAUACGAACUUCACCGUGACCAGCAAAUCCGCAGACGAUCUGGAGUUCGGCGAGCUUUAUAUGAUAAAAUGGACCACCGUUUUGAUCCCUCCGACGACGCUUCUGGUUGUGAAUUUGGUCGGAGUUGUGGCGGGAUUUUCUGAUGCGCUUAACAAAGGGUAUGAGGCGUGGGGCCCGCUUUUUGGGAAGGUGUUCUUUGCGUUUUGGGUGAUUCUUCAUUUGUAUCCGUUUUUGAAAGGGCUGAUGGGAAGGCAAAACAGGACUCCGACGAUUGUGAUUUUGUGGUCGGUGUUGUUGGCGUCGGUGUUCUCGCUUGUGUGGGUGAAGAUCGAUCCGUUUGUUAGUAAAGGAGAUUCGAGUCUUACUCAAGGAUGCAUUGCGAUUGAUUGUUGAUUGUUGGGUAUAAAUUGUAAUUUUGGAAAUUUAGAUCUUUUUGGUUCGAAUGAGUGUUGUUUAUGUUUGUUUGGAGAAAUGUAAUUGAUGGGAAAACUUUAAUGGAAUAUAAGAAUUUCAUUACAUGAUUAUACAUA